CCCUUCCUUUUCCUAUAAACAAAUCCUAGUCAGCCCCCUUUCAUAAUCCUACCACGCCCACACUGAACCUUAAAUCCUGAAGCAUUUGAUUUUCUCUCCAUACUCUGAUUUCACAACCAGCAUACCUCCAGAUCCUGGAAAACUCAGUAUGGAGCUGAUCCAAGAUACCUCUCGGCCACCUCUGGUGUCUGUGAAGGGUUAUCCACUCAUCAAAUACUUUGCUGAAGCUCUUGAACAGCUGAAAAUUUUUCAGGCCAGGCCGGAUGAUGUCCUCAUCAGUACCUACCCCAAAUCUGGAACAACCUGGGUGAGUGAGAUCCUAGAUAUGAUCUAUCAGAAGGGUGACCAGAAGAAAUGCCAAAGGGCCCCAAUCUUCAUCAGAGUGCCAUUUCUCGAAUUCAAGGCCCCAGGGAUACCCUCAGGCAUGGAAUCUCUAAAAGAAACACCUGCACCACGUCUACUUAAGACACAUCUGCCUCUGGCACUGCUCCCCCAGACUUUGCUGGAUCAAAAAGUCAAGGUCAUCUAUGUGGCAAGAAAUGCCAAGGAUGUGGCAGCCUCCUAUUUCAACUUUUAUAAGAUGGCAAAGGUACACCCUGACCCUGGGACCUGGGAGGAGUUCCUGGAGAAAUUUAUGGCUGGGCAAGUAUCAUAUGGCUCCUGGUAUCAGCAUGUAUCAGAAUGGUGGGAGUUGACCAAACGGCACCCAAUUCUCUACCUCUUCUUUGAAGACAUGAAAAAGGAUCCCAAGAGGGAAAUUCUGAAGAUCACAGAGUUUCUAGAAAAACCACUGCCAGAAGAUAUCCUAGAUCGAAUUGUCCAACAGACAUCUUUCAAGAAGAUGCGAGAAAACCCCAUGACCAACUAUACCACUGUCCCCACUGAACUCAUGGACCACUCCAUCUCCCCCUUCAUGAGGAAGGGUACUAUUGGAGACUGGAAGAACAUCUUCACUGUAGCCCAAAAUGAGAGAUUUGAUGCCGACUAUGAAAAGAAGAUGGCUGGCUCAGACCUUCACUUUCACAGUGAACUCUGAAUGGCAACAAGGAGGAAGGUCAUCAACUCAUACUUCUGCAUUGGUCCCCAAUUUUUUCAGCCUUCUAAUAAUCUUUUUUAAACAUGCAAAACUAGCUCCCCUAUAUACUAAUAGGAAAAAAUCUGACCCACUCUUAAUGGCAUUCUGCCUAGAUAUUUUAGACUGAGACUAAAAAAUGAUUUAUUCUAGAUCACAGGGCACUCAAUUCCAAAGGAUAGUAUACACAGCUCUACCAUUCUAACUUGGGAAGGGGACUGAAGUCUGAGGAUAUUAGGUCCUGGAAACAGAUUAAGACCUCACUGCUGAUGUGGGGGACAGGGCUGUAUAUUUAUUAGUCCGCAGUGAAUGAUACAUCAAUUUCCCCCUGAAGAGGGCAUGGCAGAUGAGUCAGGUAAACAAAGGCAAGUCAACGAAGUCCAUGAUUCAGUCAAACCGAACCUCACUUCUUCUUGGGUUCCUUGCAGGCCACCACAUACCUCUGGGCCACAUUGAGGGGAGGAGAGUAGCCAUCUGCAUAAGAGGUAUCUUCAAACAGGACAGAGUAGUCAUCCUGGGGCUAUAGACAAGGAAAUAAAGUAAAAUAGUCAGUCACAACUCUGACCAUCAAAUCUCACAAGCUAAUUGCUUGUUGCCUCAACUUAGGUAUAUGGGAAACUAGCAUGUAUUGAGGAAAUGCCUUUAUAACAAUUAGAGCUCUUAAAUGGUGGAAUAGACUGUCACAAAGUUACUAAAGUUUCAAGACCUCCCCUGUCACUAAUCCCAAGGCAUUCCCUCUAAAAAUGUCCAUACAUAGGACAAAUAACCAUCUAUCAAAAAUAAUCCAUUGGAUAGGAUGUUGGACUAGAGGACUACCUCCAAGAUUCUUUCCAACUCUAAGAUUCUAUUAUGUAAACCUUAAAAUUUCUUAGACUUAUAAAUGUUGGAAAUUUCACCAUUGGGAAAUUUCAUACUUGGAAAAUUUCAUACUGAUAGUCUAUUGGAAUGUGAACCCCAUUGGCAUGGGAGGUUCCUUCUCCUCCCUACUUAAGAUUACUUUAGGACAGAAACCUUUUGCUGAGCAAUGGAAAGGGCGUUGACCUAUGCUUAAGCAUAGAACAGGAAGUUCUUUGAGUCAUGAUUGAUUUUAGAAUUGAUACAAUAGAGAUACUUGGAAUGACAGAACCAGGUCUUGGAAAAUACAAUUUCCACCCUACUCAGUCCUAACAGGAUUUAGGAAGGGCUGCAGCAUAGAUCAAGAUUUAAUUAUUUGAGAAUAUGACCUUCAACAGACAUGUGCAAAGCCACAGACCUCUGGGCGGUCCUGGGUUAAGCUAGAGCCACCAUUGUCACAGGGAAGACAUGGACAGUGAUUGGUAGAUGUGAGAACUGAGGGGAGGGAACUUGGAUGGUUUCCUUAAAGAUAGCGGGGUCUGAGGACUAGAGGUGGGUGGUUGGAGAGGUUUUGCUCUGAGAAGUUGUACUCUGAGAAGUUUGCUCUGAAGAAAGCUGGAGGUGGAGGCCCCUGAGACUGUUUCUCCAUUUUGGUCACAUGAGUGAUAGGGACUGAUCUCUUUUCUUUGCCUCAGCUAUCUAAGGGCUUGGGCCUUUUGGCCCAGCCUAAACAGAAGGGGUAUUUAAGCCCUAUUCCCUUCUCUCCCCUUUCUCUCUCUCUAUCUCUAAUACCUUUCUUCCUCCUGUUUGUAAUUUGUAAUUAAACUCCAUAAUUAAACUCCAUAAAAGGUU